CUCGACUGUUGUGAGAAGUUCUGACGAUGAAAUUUUUGCUUUCAAUCUCAAGAUCACUGCAGUUGUAACAGUCGGACGAUUAAGACGUGAGCAAGGAUAUAAAAUAUAAAUACCGGCAUACAUGUCAGAUUGUGGAUGAAAAAUCUUAAUUUAAUUUUUAUGAUUCAUUGAAUUUAUUUUCAUUGGAAAAACACGAAAAAAAAUUGAAAAGUGUGAAAAAUUCAUUGAGAAGAAAAACAGGAAAAUUUAUUGAUAUUUUUACAAACUGUGAAAUGAAUUAAUGUUAAUUUUAGUGACGCAAAAAUUAGCAAAAAAAAAUUCUUAGAAACGCGUGACAAUUUUGUGUGAAAUAAUUUCUCAGGAAAAAAAGUGACAAGGAUUUUUUGAAAGAAUUUGGAGCGACACGAAUUUUUUGAAGAUGUCAAAAUAAACACACACAAAAAAUGUAUAUCACGGCGAUUUCAUCACAACUUGAGUACCUUGCUUUACUGACUCAAUUGUAUCAGCUGUCAUUUUAUGUGGGCCAUUAACAUAUUUACAAAUUGUGUAUUAAAAGGAAUAGUUGCAAAAUAGUGAAAAUGAGAAUCUAAAAAGUGAAUAAAGACAAAAAAGUGAAUGAAAAUUUAGUUCCUUUUGCUUAAAAGAUCAUGAUGGACUAUGUGAUAAGUUUGAAUACAAUAGCAUCGUCAUCAUAUAUAGACGAAGAUAGUGCAAGUUUAAUAAUAACUGAUCAAAAUAGUAAUACAUUAAGUAGAUUUGACGAGUCAUUUAGAUUAAAUAAUUACACAUCAAUGGAGGAUGAAUUAGGUGUAAUGUCUUAUGGACCAGAUUCAGUUAAUAAUUUAUCAACCAUGUCAAAUCAUACAAAGCAUGAUGCCGGAUAUCGUGAUUCGUUAUCAAUUAUUCUGCCCAUAACCAUAUGCUACCUUAUCAUAUUCAUUGCUGGAGUUUUAGGCAAUGUUAUUACAUGUAUUGUGAUUGCUAAAAAUAAGACGAUGCACACAGCAACAAAUUAUUAUCUCUUCAACUUAGCUGUUUCAGAUUUUCUUGUUCUGAUGUUCGGCAUGCCACCAGAUUUAUACAACAUCUGGUUUCCAGGAUCCUAUCCAUUCAGUGAGAUUGUUUGCAUCCUUCAAGGACUUUUCUCAGAGACAUCAUGCAAUGCUACAAUUUUAACAAUUACCUCAUUUACAUGUGAACGAUAUAUUGCCAUUUGCCAUCCAUUUAGAUCUCAUACAAUGUCAAAAUUGUCAAGAGUAGUGAAAUUUAUUUUCAUCAUAUGGGUACUUGCCUUCGGAUUAGCUCUUCCGCAAGCUUUACAGUUCGGAACCAUUUCAUUUCGGAAUGGAGAAAUUGUUUCAUGCACGGUGAAAAAUCAAUUUUUCGAGCAUUCAUUCGAGCUCAGUAGCUUCUUGUUCUUCAUUGUACCAAUGACUAUCAUUUGUGUAUUGUACAUCCUCAUUGGACUUAAGCUACGUAAGAGUAAAUUGUUGUAUGAUAACAAAGGAAAAGGCUGUGAUUCUCAAAGAUGUAUUAAGGGACAGACACGGGUGGUCCGGAUGCUUAUUGCUGUUGUUGUUUCAUUUUUCUUAUGUUUUGCGCCGUUCCAUUCUCAAAGGAUUAUGGCAAUUUAUGGUAAAAUUAUGAAGAAGUCAUCUAGUUUAGACGAUACAUUCAUGAAAGUUUAUGUUGCUCUAACAUAUAUGUCCGGUAUUACAUACUUCCUAUCAACAUGCAUAAAUCCAUUUCUAUAUAAUCUAAUGAGCCAUAAGUUCAGAAAUGCCUCGAAGCUGACACUCUUCGUUCAUUGCCUAAGUCGAACGCCAUCGACAAGAAAGUCACAGCUGGGAAGUAAUUACAGUGCGCUAACAUUGAAGUUUGGACCAUUAGACCCGACUCGAGUAGCUAAUGUGAAUCGUGAUCAUUUCAUAAUUCAAUCAGGAAACAAUAGCGGUAGUGAAAUAAUAGAGAUAAAAGAAGUGUCCAGUAUUGAUGAAAUAAGAAAUUUCAGAACAGAUGGCAUCCCGUAUUUGAUGGAGCAACCAUAUCAUGCCGUUGUACGAUUUGAACCAAUCAAUUUCUCAUAUAGCCAGCAAACGACAUCAACGACCAUCAGUCGAACAGGCAGUUUGAAGAGUCAACAUAACCAAAAUGAGAGUCGAUUCAAUUCGUUCGCUAGAAAGCUGAAAAAAUGUACGCAAAAGGCUUUUAUCAUUAAAUCUUAUGGUGAUGACGAAAAGGUUCCCAACGGCUACAGAAUUCCACAAAUAUCAGCCAUACAAUCAUUAGAGCCAUCAGUUAUUGAGAAAAAUUCAAGUCUUCGGGAGGUUGAUGAAGAAUUUAUGAAUGCUGAGCUACAUCUUGAGCACAAUAAUGACGAUGGAAAUAUCAUAAAGCAGUGUAACGACAGUAAUCCGUCUUGAUAUGAAACCUCAUUUGUUUAAUACUCUUCUCACGUCGUCGUCAGUACAAAACAAAAAAAAAUACUUUUUAUAUUCUUUCUGAUUUGUUGUUCCUCUUUUUAUAAGUG